GUUGAAAAAGGGACACAGACAACCUGUUGAACGUGUGAAAUUUAGCUGAUUUCUUCGGAUGUGACAGCUCAAAAUGUCGAGGUUUUACUCGUAGGAACAUUACAGCAAGCUGUUGGACUGGUUACAGUAUAUUUUGAGCCUGUGUCAGCUUUCAAAAAUGGCGACUUUGACUGAAAUGGGAGAAGAAGGUCUGCGGAAAAUGUUGGAAGUUUGUACCGAUUUUACAACCAGACGACAGAUCCGUAGAGCACUACGUGAGAUUCAGUUUGGAGCUAUACCCGGCUUAGUAGUGGCUUCUUGCAACAACAACUUGGACAAAACUUACAUCUCAAACAAAAUGGCCGAGGAUCAUUCAAACCCCGAACUGGAACAGAAGCUUAAAACAGUUACAGAUGAAGACGCGCUAUCAAAAAUGCUCCUUGAGACGACUGACUUCCACGACCGUAGAAAGAUCCGUACGGCCAUCAGAGAAAUGAGGAAAAAGAAACUAGGUGAUCAUGAGGGUUCUGCAUCACCAAUCAGGUCUGUCAAACCAAAGAAAGCACCCAAGCAAGAACUCAACCUGGACGGGAUCACUGAUGAAGCUGUCCUGAGGAAAAUGUUGGAAGACAGUGAUGAUUAUGAAGACAAGAAAAAGAUCAGAGCUGCCAUAAAAGACAUCAUCAGCAGAGCCAGAGAUGUUGCUGGUGAUAUCAUCAUGAAAGAUGAAGAAGCUUACGAAGAGAAACUACGCCAACAAGAGGAGGAGGCUGAGAAGCUACACAUAGAGGACAUGAAGCCAAGCCAGAUAGAAAUGAUGAUCACAGAAGCUCCUCCUACCGAUGAACCUAAUCCUGACGGAUCUGUUGACUUCACAAAAAUCCACUGUAUUAGCACUCUUGAGAAAAUGCUUGCCGAUAUUGACGACUUUGGUGAGCGUACCCAGAUCCGUGCUCGCAUCAAGGAGCUCCGUGAGCAGGAUCUAGAGGUCCCUGAUUACCCGGACGCCAGACGCCUCUCUGAAGGUUUAGAAGCCUACUACAUGGAUGAGAGAGGUCGUAGGAGGAGUAGUUUGAUUGACCGCGCUGCUCUGGAGGAGCUUAAUAAGAACGCUGCUCCUACUGAUGAUAAUAUCUGCUAUGAUGAGAUUGAAGAUCCUGCAGAGCUGGAGAGAUUAUUGGAAAAAGCUGUAGACAUCGGUGAGAAGCGACAGAUUAGAGGCUGUCUGAAAGAACUGCAGAAGAGACUUGCAGGUGGAACAGAAGAGAAAACUGACGACGUCAAACCCCCAGCUGCAGCACCUGCCAAGACACUUAAGCCUACCGGUCAGUUAUACGGUUCUCGGAAAUUUUACAAGUCUUCCAUGACUAUUCAACUUGCGUCACCGACUGUGGAGUUGAACCAACAAAGUACUGAAAUACAAACCAAGACAUCUGCUGACAAUGAGGAAAGUUAUCAAGCAUCUGAAGCUGUUAGCAGCCAAGCAGAGUCGGCCUCACAGGCAGAAAAAACUUCCUUGGAGUUUGGAACAUCUAGCAAGUUGGAAGUGACUGAGGACUUCGAAAGAGAUGAGAAAGUCGACAGUGCUGAAAAGGAAAGCGAAAGGUCUGCUGAUGAAGAGACUCUCCACGUUGCUGAUUCUUUGUCUUCGUCAAAGAGCCACAGAGAGAAAGACAACAAGGAACUGGAUUAUGAGGAGGAAAGCUCUACUUCAAAGUCUGCAACCGCCUUGCAAUUCAAGAAGUUGGAGAUUGAAGAGGAGAUGCUUUCCUUGGAAUCAGAGAAGACAAAGGAAGAAGUCAUACCGUCCAUAUCUAUGCCCACAGAAACUGUCAUAUCCAAUAAGGUAGAGGUGGAACAGUCUGUUGAUUCUGAAGCAGCACUGCUAAAGUCAAAGAAGGAAGAAGUUGCAUCUUCUAAGGUGUCAUCUUGGGCAGCUGAGAAGUCCAAGAAAGAAGAAGAUGCACCUUCCAAGUCAUCUACCUUUGAUGCUGAGAAAUUGAAGAAGGCUGCAGAAUCGAAGCUUUCUUCUUGGGAAACUGAAAAGACUAAGAAAGAUUUAGAGGCUUCAUCCAAGGCUUCUGCUUUGGAAUCUAAGAAGCUGAAAAAGGAAGAAGUUGCACCAUCUAAGCUUUCAUCUUGGGAAACUCAAAAAUCCAAGAAGGAUGAAGUCACUUCCAAAGGUUGGGAAUCAAGGAAAUUAAAGAAGGAAGAAGCUGCGUCAUCUAAACUCUCAUCUUGGGAAGCUGAAAAGUCCAAGAAAGAUGAAGUUACCCCAUCCAAGCCUUCUUCAUGGGAAUCAAGGAGACUCAAGAAAGAAGAAGCGGCACCAUCUAAGCUUUCAUCGUGGGAAACUGAAAAGUCUAGGAAAGAGGAAGCUUCCCAAUCUAAGACUUCUGCCUGGGAAUCAAGAAAACUUAAGAAAGAUGAUGCAAUAACACCUAAGCCCUCUCCUUUUGAAUCUUAUAAAUCUAAGAAAGAUGAAGUUGCUCCGUCCAAGACGUCACCAUGGGAAUCUGGGAAAAAGAAAGAAGAAGUUUCAUCAUCUAAGUCUUCAAUCUGGGAAUCAAAUAGAUCCAAAAAAGAAGAAUUUUUAUCGUCCAAGUCUUCCGCAGGUUCGAAGUUCUCUUCCACCGACAAAAACAAAGACACCAGUAUUAAACCUGAUUCAAAACUUUCUACACCAGAGGCUGGUAAAGCAAAAGUGGACACCUCUAGAUUUUCAACCACUGCCGCCGAUUCCAGCAAGACAAAAGUCGACGCAUCAAAGUUCUCAACUCCGUCCAGAUUCGAGUCAACUCAGCGAGAGAAUGAAAAAAACAAAAAGGAGAGCACGAUGACAACAAGAACAACAAAGUUUGGUUCGUCUUUAACUGAGAGUGCAAAAACAAAAACUGAGGCAGUGAAGCUUGACAAAAAUGGAAAGGUGACAGAUAAGUCGGGCCUUUUUGGCUCACGCAUGUCUAAAUUCAGCUCGCCUGCUGCGGAACCUGCCAAGUUGACAACUCCCGGCUCAGCGUCUGCUUCUGGAUCCAAGCUGGGAAACUUGAGGAGCAAGUUUUCUAGCUGCGAGACGACGUCCCGCACCGAGUUCAGGAAAGAAGAUAGAGCACUCAAAGGAACCGCAGGCAAGGUCAGCCAGGUGUCUAGCAAGUUUGGUGGUAGCUGUAGCGGUAGUAGUUGUGGUAGCACCCCAGCACACAGUCCCUCCGGUUCCGUGCCGUCCUCCCCCAGGAGGAGCUUUGGAACGAUCCAAGCCAAGUCCGGUGUCGCCAAGUCAUUUGAAUUUGGCAACAUAUCCAGCCCAAGUAUUGCCCCAAGCACCGUCCGAAGUACAAAGACGGAAACCACUGCCGUCAAAACGAAAUAUGGAGACAACAAACCGUCCUCGGAUUCUCAGAAUGUGUCUUCCUCGAAGUACGCCACCAAGACAUUUGAGAGCUCUUCAUCAUCGACCUCGUCUUCCAAGACAUCGACUCCUUAUGGGAUGAAGACGACAAAAGUAGACAUCCCGUAUGGUAAAGAUCGCCAUGAGAAAGAAGGGAUAAUGUCCCUGGAGAUUAAAACGACAGGAGAUCGGACAAUCAGGGUAGAGCCAUCGUCAAAAUCUCAGCUUGGCAGCGGAACCCAAUCCACUCGCAUCGAGUCAAAGUUUGGUGAGUCCAAAUUUGGCGGGUCAAAGUUUGGUGACUCAAAGUUUGGAGGCUCAAAGUUUGGUGAGUCAAAAGUCACCGAGUCAAAGUUUGGCGACUCGAAGUUCGGAAGUUCAAAGUUUGGAGAGUCAAAGGUCACUGAGUCAAAGUUCGGAGGGCGUUCGGACCUCAAGUCAUCAACUGAUCAUCUGAAAAAGAAAUCUGCGUUUGAGUCGAGAUUCGAGAGUAAGGAGAAAUCGUUUGGGGACAAGAUGCCGCCAGUUAUGGAUGAGAUAGAGGAUGAGGAUGCUCUGGAAAAGAUGUUGGAGGCGGCUUCUGAAUUUGAAGAGAGGAAGAAGAUCCGGGCCAGGCUCAGGGAAGUCCGCAAGAAGAAACGAGAGGAACAAGACAAGAAGAUUGCCAUACAGCAGAAGGCCAUCCAAGAUGACAUUGUAAAUGAACGAUCCGAAGCCAAGGCCCAACGCCUCAAGGCAUUCGACAAGUACCCACCGCUCAAACCCAAGGACUCCACAACGGUGGCUCUCAACAAUAACACACAGUUCAGCAAUAAGAACACAACAGUCGAGGACACAGAUGGCAAGACGAAAACAAAGACGACCACGUCGGUUACUGAGGGCCCUGGAUCCAAGUCAGUCACGACGACGAUGCAAAGCAAAACAGAAGAUAAGGAUUCAAAGUCAGAACAUUUCAGACAGGAAAGUAGAUCAGUCAAGACCAGUGAAACUGGAACAAGUAGCAGUUUCUCAGCGAAGAGUUCCAGUGUCAGUUCCAGCAUGUCAUCGUCGAGCAGCGGCACACCAACUGGUACACCAGCAAGGAAGAUGAGUAAGUUUGAGAUGGAAAUGGAGGAGAAACGCAAACAGAGAGAGAUGAAGAGAACUGAUGAGGAGAAGAACUGGAAAGAAUACAUGGCGAAAAAUGAGAGAGACAUAUCCAAGUUAGAGAUCUUCAGUGCGUCAUCUCUUAAGCGCAGAAAGCAAGAUGACUAUGACCGCAAGAAGAGAGAGAUUGAAGCCGCGAAGAAGAAGAAAGACGCCCUGAUGAAUAAGUUUGGCGGCAAAGCUGAUGAGAGUGGUGGCUUUGGGAAGGGGACCGGGAUGUCAGCGGUACCCAAUGCAAACACCAUCAAGCAGAAACUGUUGGAAUGGUGUCAGAGAUGUGCACGUGGAUACCCGGAAAUUCAGAUAACUAACUUCUCAUCCAGCUGGGCUGAUGGUAUGGCAUUCUGUGCAGUCGUCCACUAUCACUUCCCAACUGCUUUCGACUUUGAAACCCUGGAAAAGAAAAACAGACGGAAGAAUUUUGAUCUAGCCUUCGAUACGGCCGAAAAAUACGCUGACAUCAUGCCACUCCUAGAGACAGACGACAUGAUCAUGAUGAAGAAUAAACCUGAUUGGAAGUGUGUCUUCACCUAUGUACAAAGUCUCUACCGUCAUCUCAGCAAGAUCAAGUAGUCGCCUCGCUGCCAGGAAAAAGUCUCAAAUAGAAUUAUAAUUAUGCAAGGUUUGAAUAACAAAAUAAUAGUCAAACUAUAGUAUAUAUUUGACCUGAUCAUUAGGAAUGUACGAAGCACCAGACGUGUCAUACAACUUAACAAUGAUGUACUAACUAAAAGUUAAAGUUGGGAUUGUGCUUGACCGAGAGCAAAAAACCAACGAUAUUGUUUUGGGCUUUUGAAUUGUGCAUUUUUAAGGAGCAAGGUCAUUAAUGAAGAUGAACCUUUUGAUGAGAUGAAAUAAGUCACAAAAUCAUACAAUAUGCUUUUUAAGCCACCCCAUGUUUACUUGAAUCCUGUGAGAUCUGAUGAGGGUUGCAUGCUUGGACCUAUAACAAGCGUGAUUGAUUGUCCAUUGACCAACUAUAUGAUCAAAACCAGGUGAUUAAGUUUAAGGACUUAGUAUUAAUGUGAGAAAAAGGCAUACAUUAAUCAUGGAGUUCAAUUGACAGUGAUCUUCUUUAGUUCUUCUAUUCUAUUGGAAUUGCUUACAACUUUGUGACUUGUUUGCAUUUGUCAGGUCAUUGAUAUAGCGAGUGUGUGUGUAGUGUACAUGUGAGACUAGGGCCUCUUUUCAUAGAGCUGUUAAACAGAAAAUUAUGGCUUCGAGUUUUACUAAUCCUCUUUGGAGGCCGUCUGUAAUUGUCACAAAUGGGCUGAUUCAAACUACCCAUAAUGGCCCACAAAAUAAUGGCUAGUACAAAAUUGCUGAUAGUGGCCAUACAAAUGGCUCGUACUGAAACAUUUAUAGUGGCCACAAAUGGCAUAGUGGCCAUACAAAUGACUGGUACCAAAAUGCAUAUAGUGGCCACAAAUGGCUUGUACCAAAACGUUUCUAGCGGCCAAAUGGAUUGUACCAUAAUGGCCACAAAUGCCUUAUAAGAAAAGUAUAGUGGCCACAAAUGGCUUGUAUCAUAAUGGCCUCAAAUGGCUUGUAAGAAAAGUAUAGUGGCCACAAAUGGCUUGUAACAAAAUGUUUCUAGCGGCCAAAUGGAUUGUACCAUAAUGGCCACAAAUGGCUUGUAUCAUAAUGGCCACAAAUGGCUUGUAUCAUAAUGGCCACAAAUGGCUUGUAAGAAAA